ACCCUGCUAAUGUUUUGUCCAUAAAUCUUUGGAAGAUGGAUGGGGCUGUUUUAAGUCCAAAAGGUAAAGUUUGAAAACAAUAUGUGCCAUCCGGCGUUACAAAAGCUGUUUUCUCCUGAUCAUGUUUUGCUACUUUCAACUGAUGGUAUCCUGAGUUAAUGUCUAGGUGGCUGAAAUAUUCUGCCCCUGUCAAAUAGCUCAGGAAAUCAUCAAUCAUAGGCAACGGAUAUUUGUCUGCUUUAAGCACUGAAUUAAUUUUGCGGUAAUCUACACACAUUCUAAAUUCACUGUCUUUUUUUCUUACUAGUACCACUGGUGAACACCAGCUAGUGUUACAAGGGCUCACAAUCCCAUUCUGUAUGUGUUCAUCAAUGAUCUUAUAACUUCUCUUUCCCCUGGGGCCCUAUGCUGGAGUUUUAAGUCGUAUGCGAGUUGCCAGCCGAGUGGUCUUUUCCGAUCGGUUUGAUGCUUUGGUAUGCACGAACUGUUCCAGUUUACUCGUGUGCGACUCGAGUGUUCGGAAUGGAAACCGAGGGGUCCAACUCGAAUGAGAUAACCAUUACGAAUGCGAAAAGCCACGAAAACAGUGAAAAUGGCAGAGUGGUUGGAUGUGUUGGACAUUGAAGAGCUUGAAUUAGCUGAAAUAGAAGCAGCUAGAAACCCUCGUCGAUUCCUAGAACGGAAGGAUGCGUUUGAACUGGACGACAACAAAUUAAGUUGUUUCGUCUUAACAAGCGGUGUGCCGGAGACCUGAUUAGCAGUCUGGAAGAGGUUAUGCCGGCACCUUCUCGUACAACUGCACUUUCAGUUGAAACUAAAGUACUCAGUACAUUGCGAUUUUAUGCUGGUGGACCAUACCAAUCAAAUGUUGGACAGGAUGUGUACACUGCUAUGCACCAGUCAUCAGUUAGUAGAAGCAUCUCGGAGGUCACAAAUGCCAUCAACCAGCAUCUGUUUCGCAGAUGGGUCAGAUUUGACUUAAAUCCAGCAUCAACAGCAGCAUUAAAAGAGAUGUUUUUCAAGUAUGGCUUCCCAGGGGUUAUCGGUGCUAUUGAUGGUACCCAUGUGGCAAUUGUUGCACCGCCAGUGGAUGACCCUGUCUUUAAUGAAAGAGCAUACUUCAAUUAUAAACGAUAUCAUUCAAUAAAUGUACAACUGGUGUGUGAUGCAAACAUGAAAAUAUUAAAUGUAAAUUCAAGAUACCCAGGGGCAACAAAUGAUUCCUUCAUUUAUGCCAACUGCAGUCUCAGACAGGGACUACAUGAAAUGUUGCGACAGAACCAAAAUGCCUGGCUGUUAGGUGAUAGCGGAUACCCCCUGGAACCUUGCCUGAUGACGCCGUUCAUGCAGGAUGUUGAUCCUCUGUCUCCACAAGGGCGGUACAACCAGUGCUUGCGCACAGCCAGGAGUAUAAUUGAGCAAUGUAAUGGCUUGCUGAAAUCACGUUGGAGAUGCCUGCUGAAACACCGUGUGCUACACUACAAGCCCGACCAAGCCAGCAGAAUAGUUAAUGCAUGUACUGUACUACAUAACAUGUGCCUGCAGGGAAAUGUGCAGCUUCCAGAUGAAUUGUUGGUUCAUCCUCAAGACUUGGGGAUGGAUGCAAUGAAUGAAGUUGGUGUUGUUAACCAGAACUUUCGAGCUGGUCAGUUGAUAAGGCAACGUAUUAUUGAUAAUUAUUUCAUGUAGACCAAGUUGUUUGUAUAGCUAUGGUGAAACAUACCCAAUAUCCGCUCCCACCCAAAUAUUGAUGGUUUGAAAUAAAACGUGAAAAAUAGCAGUGUAACAGAUUUGCUAAGAAGUGACGGUUUUACGCUUACGAUUUCAUAUUUAUUUAAUGCUUUGAAAAUGUAAUGUGUGACACGUGACCUGCCGAGUAUAUGAUUUGUGCAAUUUAUUACGUUUUAAUUUAUUUAUGAUCUCACCGGAAUUCGGUAUGAUUUCAAUGUAUGUCUUUAAAUCACUUAAAACUCAAUUUAAACAUGGUAUUUGUAUGUUAAGUGUUUUUAAUUAUAUGUUAAAAUUUUGUAUGACAAAAUUGUGUUGAAGUUUACAGUAGUUUUCCAAAGGUCCUUAACCAUAAUAAAUUUAUUUUAUGGUUUUAGUGUGGUAUUGACACUUAUGUAAAUACUCAUCAAUGAUUAAACAACUAUUAAAACUGUUUACAGCCAUCGUGGGAUUGCAGAAGAGUAAAUAAAUGACAAAAAUGGUCAACUACAAAAAAAA